AUGUCGUUCAGAAAAGAAAUGGAGAAAUACAGAGACGUAGAUGAGGAUGAAUUACUGAAGAAGCUUUCCGAAGAGGAGUUGCGACGGUUAGAGGAUGAAUUGGAAGAACUAGAUCCUGAUAAUGCUCUUUUGCCAGCUGGUAUGAGGCAGAAGGACCAGACUAAGAAAGCUCCAACCGGAACGUUUCAAAGGGACAACCUGCUAGCCCACCUGGAGAAACAGGCCAAAGAACACCCAGACAGAGAAGACUUGGUUCCAUACACUGGAGAAAAAAGAGGAAAGCCGUGGGUGCCCAAAACGAAGGUCGUUGACCCCAUUUUGGAGGAUGUGACACUUGAACCUGAGCUUGAAGAAGCUUUGGCUAAUGCUACUGAUGCUGAACUGUGUGACAUUGCAGCCAUUCUGGGAAUGCACACCCUGAUGAGUAAUCAGCAGUACUACGAGGCCCUGGCCAGCAGCACAAUCGUCAACAAACAGGGACUGAACAGUGUGAUCCAGUGCACCCAGUAUAAACCGGUGCCGGACGAGGAGCCGAACGCCACAGACGUGGAGGAGACGCUGCAGAGGAUUAAGAGAAACGACCCCGAACUGCUGGAGGUUAAUCUCAAUAACAUCAAGAACAUUCCGGUGCCCACUCUGAAAGCGUAUGCAGAGGCUCUAAAAGUGAACUCUGUAGUAGAACGCUUCAGCAUCGUUGGAACCCGGAGUAACGAUCCCGUCGCCUUUGCUUUGGCAGAGAUGCUGAAAGGAAACACCACUUUGAAGAGCUUGAACGUUGAGUCAAACUUCAUCACAGGUGCUGGAAUAUUGGCUCUGGUGGAAGCUCUACAGUCAAACACCACCCUUCUGGAGCUCAAGAUAGACAAUCAGAGUCAGCCUCUGGGGAAUAAGGUGGAGAUGGAGAUAGCCAGCAUGCUGGAGAAGAACAGCACACUACUGAAAUUUGGCUAUCACUUCACCCAGCAGGGGCCAAGACUGCGGGGCUCCAAUGCCAUGAUGAACAACAAUGACUUGGUAAGAAAGAGAAGGCUUGAGGGAGGACCCAUCUUCCCCAAAUGUCGGACAAACGUGUAG